CAUUUCAUAGAGCAGUCGCAGAGGUCGGCUACCUGUCUGACUCUCGCCCGGUUAGCGUGAACAGUUCGUUCAGUAUCUACACGUUGUUGCUGUAAAUAUCCAAAUUCCAAAUGGCUGCUUACCAAUUAGUUCUGAUUCGCCACGGGGAGAGCUGCUGGAACCAAGAAAAUCGCUUCUGCGGCUGGUUCGACGCUGACCUUAGCGAAACUGGGAUUCAGGAGGCAAGGAGAGGCGGACAGGCUUUAAAAGAUGCUGGGUUUGAGUUUGACAUUUGCUACACUUCUGUUCUGAAGAGGGCCAUCCGUACAUUAUGGAUCGUCUUGGAUGGCAUUAACCAGAUGUGGCCUCCAGUGCACAGGACCUGGCGGCUGAAUGAACGCCACUACGGCGGUUUGACUGGGUUAAACAAAGCUGAGACUGCUGCCAAGCAUGGUGAGGCCCAGGUCAAGAUAUGGAGGCGCUCCUAUGAUAUCCCUCCUCCUCCCAUGGAGGCAGACCAUGACUAUUACAGUGUCAUUAGCAAGGACCGGCGUUAUGCUGAUCUGACUGAGGACCAGCUACCUUCUUGUGAGAGCCUGAAGGACACUAUUGCCCGUGCCCUACCAUUCUGGAAUGAAGAGAUUGUUCCUCAAAUCAAAAAGGGCAAGAGGGUGCUGAUUGCUGCCCAUGGCAACAGUCUGAGGGGUAUAGUGAAGCAUCUGGAAGGUAUGUCAGAGGAAGCCAUUAUGGAGCUGAACCUCCCUACAGGCAUCCCCAUUCUCUAUGAGCUGGACAAGAACUUGAAGCCCAUCAAGCCAAUGCAGUUCCUGGGAGACAAGGAGACUGUGCGGAAGGCCAUGGAGGCGGUGGCAGCACAGGGCAAGGCCAAGAAGUAGAGUUUCCUUCCUUAGGCCAACUUUUACCAGGGGAUUACUUGUCAGCACCGAAUGGCUCUAAAAGGAGUUACCACUACUGACACCACACAACAUCAGGAUUCAGUGUGGGUUUGCAUUUGAAAUUGUUUUGUAUAUUCAUUUGCAUUGUGUGUGAACUGUUAUUUUAGUGUGUCUAAAUAACACAUAAAUAGUAUUUAUUGACCAAACCUGUAUACAGGGACCACUAAAGUUGUCUUUAAAAUUUCUCAUUCUUCCACGGAAUGUCUUUCAUAAUUUGCAGUGGACCACAAAGCAUACUAAAAUUUUAUUAGGCUGUACAAAGAGGGAUUGUAACAUGAAAAAGACUCCUUAUACGGUUAUCAUCAUAGCAGAGAGGCUUUAAAACGGGAAGGAAUGUGGUCUGCUCAGUUUACAAAUGUAAACACAGUUCUAAGAAGUAAUGUCAUGCUUGUUCCUCAUGUGUUUAGACAAAUCUCUUUUAUUUGGGCUCUGAGAACAUUUAAAGGGAGUGAAGACAAGGUACUUAGAUCCCCAAUAUAGUUAAUGACGGUUAUGCCAUGCUACAGCAAGGGAGUCAGCCGAAGUGCUCUGCACAUCAUGUAUCAUAUGUAUUGUUGUCAAACUGUGUAAACUGAGAGGAUGAAUAAAAUCUUUAAACCCAUGCAACAAUUCAA